AUGACUUCUAACAAGCCAGUGGAUAAGCUGGCCGACAAUCUGAAGGGUUUGGUCAUCGGCGCCAGUGGUACAACCCCUGGAUAUCAACGUGGAACAAUCAAGCGGAUGGUCGAACAAUGUGGUGCGAAGUUCGCCUCGAUGAACAUCCGCGAAUGCACUCAUCUAGUGACAACCGAGGGAAAUGGCAAGAGAAAGUUGAAAAAAAUCAAUCGGGCUCGUGAAGUGGAAGGCUGUGAAAUUGUGAACACUGAUUGGCUGCUCAAGAUGAUUAAAAAGCAUGUUCCAGGAGCUCUUCAGCAAUAA